AUGAGCGGCCAUAGACUCACGCUACUGCUGGUCGCGUUGACGGCACUGGUUGGAUUGGCGGCAGCGGACGCGGAGUACAACGUGGUGGACUACGGCGCGAGACCCGACGGCGGGGCGGACUCGGCGGCGGCGUUCCAGGCCGCGUGGGGCGCGGCGUGCAACGACACGGGACGCUCCGGCUCCCGGCCGGUGCUGCGCGUGCCGGCGGGUAGGUUCUUGCUCAGCCGGGCCUACUUCAAGGGCCCCUGCCGGAGCGCUGGCGUGGUCGUCGCCAUCGACGGCAACGGCACCGUCUUCGCGCCGCCGGUUGUGGACAGCAUGGCGUGGAUCAUGUUCCACCACGCCGACGGCCUGGCGAUCCGCGGCGGCACGCUGGACGGGCAGGGGCAGGAGUACUGGGCGUGCAAGAAGGACGGCAGGUGCACCGGACAGGGCCCCAGGACGCUGGACAUUAGCCAGUCCAAGGGCGUGAGCGUGGAGCAGCUGACGCUGCUCGACAGCAAGAACGUCCACAUUGCCAUCUUCGACUCCACCGGUGUCACGGUCGAGGGCGUCAGGAUCGUCGCGCCGGCCAACAGCCCCAACACCGACGGCAUCCAUGCCCAGCUCUCCCGCCACGUGCGCAUCCUCAACACCACGAUCGGUACUGGCGACGACUGCGUCUCCCUGGGGCCCGGCACCUCCGACGUGCUCAUCAGAGACAUCAAGUGCGGCCCGGGCCACGGCAUCAGCAUCGGGAGCCUGGGAGGGCAGGCCGGAGAGGAGGGGGUGAGGAACGUGACCGUGGAGAGGGCGGUGCUGACGGGCACGACCAACGGCUUGCGGAUCAAGACAUGGGGGAUGCCCAACCCCGGCUCCGUCACGGGCGUCUCCUUCUCGCAGGUCACCAUGCACCGCGUGGCGAACCCCAUCCUCGUCGACCAGGACUACUGCCCCCGCAAGGUCGAUUGCCCGGGCAAGAGCUCGGGGGUGCAGAUCAGCGACGUUUCUUACGAGGACAUCGAGGGCACGUCGACGACGCCCGUGGCGGUGAAGUUCAACUGCAGCGCCACCAACCCCUGUAGCGGGAUCAAGCUCAGGAACAUCAGGCUGACGUACCGGCAAAAGCGGCCGGCGCAGGCCAAGUGCCGAAACGCCGGCGGGUCCGCGUCCGGAGAGGUCAGACCGGCGAGCUGCUUCUGACGAUCGGAGUUUGCCGUCCGUUUGGAGAAAUGCGAGCGUCUUCUUGGUUCGUUGGCUCUGUAAAUACUUCUCUUACCUUGGCUGGUUCCUGUACUACUAAUAUACACCUUGGGCGUAGUUUUAGCGGAUUUGCUAAUUCUCAAUUGAUUGAGACAUAGUUAAACCACAAUCAACGUCA